CACUUAAUUGGCUGCCUGUCCCAUGACCCAGAUUCUAGAAUCUCCAGAGAGUAUUUAUGGGGCACCCCGACCAUGGUCUGAGGCCCGUUUUCCCUGAGCACUUGCUGCUUGGAUAGAUAAUGCUCCUUAGCUAGACUGGCUCCAUGGCUAGUCAGAGUUCCCAUGAGUCACGGGCAGCCCUGCUGAUCCUAUCAACUGACGGGGAGCCUGCAGCGGGGGACACCCGUGAUUCCUCCCCAGAUCCAACCCUGGAUUCAGGGGAGGCUUUGGAGAAGAAGGGUGACCAGCCCAAGAGCCCAGAUCCAGGCCUCCAUGACAAUCCACGCCCACAGGGCCCGAACCCAGAAAUGGCCAAAGAGGAAGAGAGCAAUGCCAUCCUUGGGCUGUCCUUCCCCAGGAAGCUCUGGAGGAUUGUGGAGGAUGCAGCCUUCACCUCUGUGCACUGGAACGAUGAGGGAGAUACAGUGGUCAUCGAGGCAGAUCUCUUCCAGAUAGAGGUACUCCAGCGCAGAGGCAUGGACCAAAUCUUUGAGACAGACAGCAUCAAGAGCUUCAUCCGUGAACUGAACCUGUACGGGUUCAGGAAAGUCCGCCCUUCGAGUCACUCUGCAGGGAAGAAGCUCCUGAUCUAUCGAAACUCCAAUUUUCAGAGAGACAAGCCUCUGCUUCUGCAGAACAUCCAGAGGAGAGGCAACCCCAGAACAACUUCUCAGCCUGCCACUGGCACAACAACAACUCCAAAGAGAAAGAAACGAGUGGUGGCAACCAGACACUCUCCUCAAUUCCACCACAACGAGUUCACCCAAAAGGCUGGCAACAAAGUCCAGAAGGGGAUGCCAACUGCUCGCAGAACCCCCAGCCAGUGCUCAUUUGUGUUUCCUGACCUUUGGUCUGUGGGCAGUGUAGCCAAGUGGGCUGGGGGAAACCAUCUCCCCAAUGAGCAGGGUGGCCCCAGCAGGGCGGCUGGAGAGGGCACAUCCAGCAAUGCCAUAUCUGUGCCCUCGGCUACUGCUGAAAGGGACAGCCCAGGGAAACUGCCCGAGAGCCCCCCAGUGUACCCAGAACACGAAUCGGUGAUGACUUUGUACAACACCUGUUACUCCAUCCUGAUGGCGGGCCUUUUAGUCAUGGAACCAGAUGAGGCCCCUGAAGCGGAGGAUGAGCAGGGAGAAUCCUCAGAUUAUAAGUGUGUCCUCUGUGAGCAGCUCAAGAAGAAGCCCAAUCCCUGAGCUGCCAGAUCCCUAGGGACACUCAAAAGCACUCUCUUAUAAUUAAAAAUAGAUUUCUGGCUCUAAUAAAGUCAAGCAAAACUCCUUUGGAGUAAAUAAACAAUCAAACGAGAACUACGAGUCUGUGUUCUUUCUAUCUGUCCAUUGUAUUC